UAUCAUCCCUGCUGCCAAGGUAAACAAAACUCAGCUUUAAGAACCAAAGAACCUCCCAAAACUUAUCUUAUACUUGACCGAAUUGGGACUGACGCAGAGACACACGCUAUUUAAAAAAAAUAUUACAACGCGGCAGCAAAUGGAUGUCGUCUGCAGAGCCAUUGUUAAAUAAUACUGCCACCACAGCCAUAAAAUUACCGAUAGCAGGGACCAACAGAAUGCACGGGAGGAGCAUAAAAAUAAACCGUAUUCCAGCGACUAUAGCUUGUCUGCUGGUGCUAUGUUUCCUGGUGUACAUUUUCAGCAGCUCGGAGGAGGAACAACGGCCGGUCAUGUAUGGCAUGUUGAGAAAUCAAAAUAAAGUCAAUAUGAGGAAAUUGUUAAUAGGAGCGAUACAGGCAGCCCAAAAAGGAGGCUUGGAGAUUUUAGAAGUUGCCAAGUCCAGAGAUCUAAAGGAGAAGAGCAAGGGCAAGACGGAUGAGGGAGCCAAUGAUCCCUAUACAGACGCGGAUGGUCGUAGUCAUUGUGUAAUGAAGUUGGGCAUGCAUCGAAUAUUUCCUCGCGUUCAAAUAUUUUCCGAAGAGGAUAAGGAAACUUGUGCUGAUAUGCCCACAUUCGAUUUGGAUCCCACAGUCUUGCACCAGACUGCAGAUAUACCCGAUGAAAUGGUAGACAUUAAAGAUAUCACCGUAUGGAUAGAUCCGUUGGAUGCAACUCAGGAGUUUACAGAACAAUUGUACGAGUAUGUUACCACAAUGGUUUGUAUAGCCGUCCACGGAAAGCCUGUCAUGGGAGUCAUUCAUAGUCCAUUUAUUGGUCAAACUGCCUGGGCCUGGGUAGAUCAUUCAAUGUCUGAGUAUUUAUCACAAAUUCAUCCUGACCGGCCUGAUGUUGAGCAUCCCAUUAUAACCGUUUCACGUUCUCAUGCUGGUGAUGUGAAGGAUCUUACUCGAGCAGUAUUCGGAGAAAAUUCCAACAUUUUGACGGCAGCUGGAGCUGGUUAUAAAGUAUUGCAAGUUGUAGCCAAUAAUGCCACAGCAUAUUUGCAUUCGACUAAAAUCAAGAAAUGGGACAUAUGUGCUGGUGACGCCAUUCUGAGGGCGCUGGGUGGUAAAAUGACCACCUUGGAUAAUGAGUAUAUUGACUAUGGACCCUCUGAAUCACCCGUCAAUGCUCGCGGUCUAUUGGCAAGCGUUGUCAAUCACAAGGAAUACAUAGAAAAACUAAUAGAGUAUAGAAAGAGCCAUAAUGCAGGUCCAAAAAAGAGGUAAUACAUAUAAAUGGUACAUUUCCAAAUAUUGUUCCUAUGUUAAAUGUGGCAAAAGAACAGUAAGAUUAGUUUUAAGACUUUUAAAAUUUUAGUGCGAAAUUAAAAUUCGAAUAUAAAAAAUAAAAACUACUAAAAUUGAUUUUUAAGUAACAAUUAACUGAAUAUCAAA